GCGGGAAAAGCGGCGCGUUCGGCGGCCGUGUCUGCCGGGCCGGCUUGGGCGCUGUUCGCGUCGGCCGGUAUGGAGAAGCAGUCCGAGGAACAAGCUGCCGCCGAGCCCGCGGACUCCGGAGGGGAAGGCGGGCCGCCGCAGUUCGCCGGCGCCCAGGCUGUUCGUCCCGAGGACCGCGUGACCCUGUUGCUCAGGCUGAGAGCACAGACAAAACAACAACUAUUGGAAUAUAAAUCAAUGGUUGAUGCAAAUGAAGAAAAAACUCCAGAACAAAUCAUGCAAGAAAAGCAAAUUGAAGCUAAAAUUGAAGACAAGGAAAAUGAAAUUGAAGAGGUGAAAAUUGCUUUGGAAAUGAAAAAGCUUGCAUUAGACAGGAUGCAACUUUCGACUGCACUUAAAAAAUACCUGGAGAAAAGUGACACCAAGACUAGUGUGCUCAUGGAUCACAUGAAACACAUAUUAAAGCUAAAUAAAUUAAUAAUGAAAUCACAGCAGGAAUCUUGGGAAUUGGAGGAAAAACUGCUUGAUGUUAGGAAGAAGAGAUUGCAAUUAAAACAAGCUUCAGAAAGUAAGCUUUUAGAAAUACAGACUGAAAAGAACAAACAGAAAGAUGAUUUGGACAGUAUGGAAAAUUCAGACAAGAUAAAGACCAUACAACAAAACCUACAGAUGGAAAUACAGAUUACUACAGUUAUUCAACAUGUGUUCCAGAACCUCAUUUUGGGGAGUAAAGUCAAUUGGGCAGAGGAUUCUGCCUUUAAGGAAACCGUUCUGCAGCUUGAGAAGAAUCUCACCAUGAUCUAAUAAGAAUUCUAUUUUGGCAUUUUUUGUUUCUGUCUUUGAUAUGUCAUUUAAAUAGUAAAUUUCAAGUGAAAUGUUUUUUCAUUGUUUUUGAAACUAUUCUAAUACUGCUUUUUUUUUUUGUAGCUUGAGUUAACACUAUAACAUGGAAUCUACUCUUUUAAAUAGGACAAUUAAAGUGACCGGCAUACUCUACAAGAAUCUGAAAAUCUUAGCCUUGGAAGGGUUCCAAAGACAUGUAGUUCAACUUUCCAUUGAAUGUGGACAUUUUUUCUACAACAUUCCUGGCAGUGCCCAACUUGCAUUUGUAAUACUUCUGUGCAUUUAUUUGUUUGUCAACCAAGAUAUUAGAAAAAGUAGAAAAGCAUAUCCACAUCAUUAUUUUUCUUUCAACUGUUGGUUGUAUUUUAUUCAAAUAAAUCUCAUUUUAGAUUUA